CAAACUCACUUCCCUUGUCAACUUCCUUCACGGCUGCCCAGCGGAACGCAAGAAGUGUGAAUGCUCUGACUUCAGCAGAGGCCAUAUCUUUGUAAAUGCUGCACAGCCAAUGCGGAGAUCAGACAGACCAUUUAAAGGCUUUUAGCCAGCAAGCAAGCGUUUCAAGUUUAACCUAUCAGCGUUUGAAAACAUUUGAUACGCAUGCGCACUGUCUUUGAAUUCAAAGCGAGUAGUAGCAGCAGCAGCGAGUGCUUUGAAAGCUAACAUGCAAAUGGCUGACAGAAUCAUUUCGGCUGUUUCGGAUUACCCUGAGUUGUAUAACGUAACUUUAAACUCAUACAGGGACUCACAGAGAAAGGCAAGGGCAUGGAGGGCUGUAAGUCUGCAAGUGGAAAUGCCUGUGGAUGACUGUCGGAAUAAAUGGAAGAACCUGAGGGACACUUUUGUCAAAUUCAAGCGGGCUGAGCAGCAGAGGAGAGCAUCUGGGGAGCUGGACAUUCACAAGAAGACCUGGAUGCACAGCAGAAGCAUGUCCUUCCUUACCCCCUUCAUCCAGCCCAAGGGCUUGCAAGGAGACACCAUAGAUGACUUGGAGGAGGAGGAAAGGGAGAGGAACAGGGAAAGUGCCACAGAAGGUGUGGACGAUAAAUCAGCCUACAUUAUCCAUGAGAUCGAGGGGGGCCAGGCAGACGAUGAGGAUGCUCCCUCGCCUGACACUGUGUCGGGAUCCAAUGGGCCCAGCCGGAAGAGGAGGUGGCAGAUGGAUGGGAUGGACGGACUGGAGGACAUAGAGGAUGAGAUGUUCUUCUUUAGUUUGCUCCCGUAUCUUAGGAAGCUCCCCCAUAGAAAGAAGAGUGCUGUAAAAUUGAAAAUACACCAACUUCUACAUGAAGCAGCAUUCCAAUAACCCACUGCCCAGCCUCCGCCCUCAAUUCUGUUUCCAAGGUUUUGUGAAGCACAAGCCUUCAUUUUGUCCUGUUAUCAACUAUUGUUCUAUAUUCAGUUUGAUACUAUGCCUGUUUAUGGUUAUUGCAAAGUCAAUUGUUAACAAAUAAACGCUUUCAACAUUU